AUGGCGUCUAUGAGAGCUCGUAAUAAGAUCCGGGCUCCACGACGGAGUCCCGCAUCUGCGCCAACUGACGAUUUUGACACCAUCUGGAAAGUUCUCGCAUCAUCACUCACGGGAAUUCAUACCAAAAAUGCGUCAAGCCUCUCAUUCGAGGAGCUUUAUCGAAAUGCAUACCGGAUCGUGACGCUCUCGCGGGGCCACGAGCUUUAUCAGCUGGUCAAAGCUCUUGAGAGAGAUUGGCUGUACAACCAUGUACGGUGUCAGGUCGCAGAAUCUAUACUCCCGAUUCUUCUACGUGCGGAGAAUUGGCAGGAUGGGAGUAGGGUCGUGCAAGACCAAUCCAAUGAAAGGCGUGCUGCAGGCGAACGUUUUCUCUCGGUCUUGAAAGAAACCUGGCAAGAUCAUCUAGUGUGCAUGGGCAUGAUCACAGAUGUCCUGAUGUACAUGGAUCGUACAGUUUCCGUGGACCGAUCUAAUCCUUCUAUUUUUGUCACGUCGAUGGCACUGUUUCGUGACAAUGUGCUCCGCGUCCCUGUUCGCCCUGAUUCGCCGACAACUGUCGCAAACGUUCUCGAGUCAACAGUCCUCUUUUUGAUACAACUCGAGCGAGACGGUCAUAUGAUUGACCGGCCACUGAUUCGAAAAUGUGUCAACAUGUUGGAGGGCUUAUAUGAGACUAUUGUCGAGGAGGAGACCGAGAAGCUGUACGUCACCACUUUUGAGCCGCAAUUCCUCAACGCGAGCGUGGCUUUUUAUCAAAAAGAAGGAACUCGAUUGUUGGAGGAAGGCGAUGCUAUGACAUUCUGCCGACAGACCUUGAAGCGCAUCGCCGAGGAAGAAGAGCGAUGCAAUGUCACGCUUGCUCCCGGAACUAAGUCCAAGAUCAAUGAGGUUAUCGAUCGGGAAUUGAUCUCCCCGAACAUCGGAGAGGUAGUGCGUAUGGAGGGCACUGGCGUUCGGCAUAUGCUUGAUCAGAAGCAGUUCGACGGCCUGCGAGACUUGUAUAUGCUCAACGCGAGGGUUGAUGGGAAGAAGAGUGUUCUGACCCAGGAGGUGAGGGCACGGAUUGUGGAGCUCGGCCAAGCGAUUAAUACCAUGUCGCUCGCACCGCCACCAGACCCAACACAAGCCACCAAUUCGGCCAACCUUGACAGCACGAAACGCACAAAAGAUCAGAAAAAGGAGAAGAGCGCAGAAAAGGAGAGGCCUGUCAAUGCUCAAACCGCAUCAGCCAUUAAAUGGGUGGACGAAAUCUUGGCGCUCAAGCGGCAAUUCGACAACGUCUGGCUGCACUCCUUCCAGUCAGAUCAAACCCUGCUCAAGUCGAUCGACGACAGUUUUGGGGAGUUUAUCAACCGGAAUAUACGAAGCUCAGAAUUCCUCUCUCUCUUCUUCGACGAGAAUCUCAAAAAGGGUGUCAAAGGGAAGACGGAGGAUGAGGUCGAUGCAUUGUUGGACAAUGGAAUCUUACUCCUGCGUUACAUCAAAGACAAGGAUCUGUUUGAGACGUACUACAAGAAGCACCUGGCCCGUCGACUUCUGAUGAAGAAGUCCGCCAGCAUGGAUGCAGAACGGCAGAUGAUCUCGAAGAUGAAAAUGGAGGUCGGCAAUCAAUUCACCCAGCGAAUCGAGGCCAUGUUCAAGGACAUGACCAUCUCGCAGGAUCUGACGACGAGUUACAAACAACACAUGUCUCGGACUAAUGCAGCGGACGAUGACCGGCCGGACCUGGAGGUGCACGUUCUGACCAGCACUAUGUGGCCCUUGGACGUCAUGGGCAAACACAAAGACAAGAUGGAAGCCCCACCGUGCAUCUAUCCACAGCAGAUCAAGACGCUGAAGGAGAGCUUUGAGAGAUUUUACCUUGACAAGCACAGCGGACGCCAGCUGUCGUGGCAAGCGCCCAUGGGUUCCGCGGACAUUCGUGCCAAGUUUGUGCGGAGCAAUGGCAAAGUUCAGCGCUAUGAACUCAAUGUAUCCACCUAUAUGAUGGUCAUUCUGCUGUUGUUCAAUGAUAUUGCCGACGGCGAGUCCUUGACGUUCACUCAAAUUCAAGAACAGACCCAGAUCCCGGAGAACGACCUCGUCCGCAACCUCCAAUCUCUUGCCGUCGCCCCGAAGACACGGGUAUUGAAGAAAGAACCUAUGAGCAAGGAUGUCAAAGCGACAGACCGCUUUUCCUUCAACCACGAAUUCCAGAGUCCCUUCGUAAAGGUGCGCAUAGGCCUCGUCGCUGGGAACGCGAACAGGGUUGAGAGCAAAGACCAACGCGAGGAGACGGAGAAGAAGGUGAACGAGGAGCGUCGGCAUAUCAUUGAGGCCGCCGUAGUGCGCAUCAUGAAGCAACGCAAAACCCUGACUCACCUGAACUUGAUGAACGAGGUCCUCGCGCAACUCACCUCACGCUUUGUGCCCGACGUGAAGAUGGUCAAGCAGCGGAUCGACAGUCUCAUUGAUCGCGAGUACUUGGAGCGUCUGGGAGACGAGGCCUCGACAUACCAGUACCUCGCAUAA